UCCGCUGUAAAAGUGAGCAACUCCACGGAACUCCUCGCCAUUACCAAUCUUAUCAGCUUGGCCACCCCUCCCCUCCAUACUGCGAAGAUUGACUGUAGCCGCGCUUGAGGUAUUAAAAUUCUCGACAACAACCCCCCCUCACUCUCCUUCCAGCAAUACCUACGGUCUUCCGCACUUCCCUCCGCUCGUUUCCACGCAGGAAUAUUUCUCAACAAGCACCGUCAAAAUGCCUCCGGCCCUCGACCUCUCGCCGGAUUUCAACCCCACCACCACCGCGGCCGCCCCUCCAUCCUCAACAACAACUACAACAACAACAACCACCUCCAAACAUGGAUCCACCCCAUCGACGACCGCCCCGCGAACCCUCCUCGUCGCCCCUCCGUCCCUCGCCACCCGCGAAGACCGCAUCAGCGCGCUCUUCGCCGCCUACCCGCGCGCCUCCGCCGACCUGCAGAUGCUGGACCGCCUCGCCGCGGGGCUGGUCGCGCUGCCGGCCGCGACCUACGACCUCGUGCUGGUGCUUACCGACGCCGACGCCGGCGCCGGCGCUGGUUUCUCUACCGCAACGCAGUCGCUGCUGGCCGACCGCGCGGUGUGGGCGCGCCUCGCGGCCGCGCUCAAGGCCGGCGGGCGGCUGCGCGGCGAGGACGGGAGCUCGUUGAAGCCCGGGGACGGGUCCGCCGCGGCGCGGGAGGCGGUGCUGGCUGGGCUGGUCGCUGCGGAGGGUGGCGAGGCGGGCUUUAUGAAGCCCGAGUAUGAGGAGGAGGAGGUGGUGCCGUUGCGGUUGGGGCUGAAGAAUAAGAAGGCGGAGGAGGGGUCGAAUGGGGCGGGGAAGAGCGCGGCGGCGCCGGCUCCGGCGCCCGCGGGGGUGGGGUUUGUGGACUUCAGCGAUGAUUUGGAGUUGGAUGCGGACGAUGACGACGAUGUGAUUGAUGAGGAGACGCUGUUGACGGAGGAGGACCUGCGGAGACCGAUCCAGCAGCCGCCCGAGUGCCAGCCGCAGCCGGGGAAGAAGAGGAAGGCGUGCAAGGACUGCACUUGCGGCCUCGCGGCGAGACUGGAGGCCGAGGACAAGGCACGCCGCGCCAAGGCAGACAAGGACCUGAACACGCUCAAGCUGAAGUCGGAGGACCUGAACGAGCUCGAUUUCACCGUCAAGGGCAAGACAGGCUCUUGCAACAGCUGCUACUUGGGCGACGCGUUCAGAUGCGAUGGUUGCCCUUACAUCGGGCUGCCUGCUUUCAAACCUGGCGAGGAGGUCAAGAUCCUGAACAAUGCCGUCCAGUUGUAAGGCGGGGCAGCGGAUGUCAUUCGGGGGGCAUCGCGAAGAAGCGGGCAGGAAGCCGCCU